CCCCCCCCCCCCCACCAUGCGCGCCAUCAGCUUCGCCGUGGCCCUCCUGGCCCUCUUCUCCGGCCUGUACAACUACCUGAACGCCCGGCUGGAGCAAUUCUACAUCUUCGACCCAACCCACCUGCACGACCUCUCCACGCGCGCCAUUGCCGCUCACGGUAACGACACCCGCGCCGUGGUUAACUACAUCGUCUCCGAGUUGGAUGAGAAGAUUCCCGGCACGCACAUCAACCACGAUGAGGAAUGGGUCUUCAACAACGCGGGCGGUGCCAUGGGCGCCAUGUACAUCAUCCAUGCUAGUAUCACGGAGUACCUGAUCAUUUUCGGAACCGCCAUUGGCACAGAGGGCCACACCGGCCGCCACACAGCCGACGACUACUUCAACAUCCUCCAGGGCACGCAGCUCGCCUACGUGCCCGGCUCCUACGAACCCGAGGUCUACCCGCAGGGCAGCGUGCACCACCUGCGCCGCGGCGAGGUCAAGCAGUACAAGAUGGACGCCUCGUGCUUCGCGCUCGAGUACGCCCGCGGCUGGAUCCCGCCCAUGCUGUUCUUCGGGUAUGCCGACACCUUCUCCAGCACGCUCGACUUCCCGACGCUGUGGGCCACCUCGCGCAUCACCGGGCGGGAGAUGAUUUCCAACCUGUUGAAGGGAAAGAUGUAAACCCUGGUGACUGCAGCAGUCAAAGACACCCUGGAGCGAUUGUACGAUGAGGGCAGAAACAAAAUGGGUAUGAUGUGUCUUCUUGGAGUGUCUAGAAUAGACUGGUGGUCGGUGGACCUUUCUUUUCCAGUCGGGGCUUGGAGUUUGGCCGAUCAAUGUUCAUAAGUAAACUUUUAAUGUAUGACUCGAUAGUUAUGAAUAUUCCAGGAGGUACUUCGAGAGAUGAGC